AUGUGUGCCCAUUGCUAUUGGUUACUUGCUCUGAUAUGGAAGGUGCAAACUUGUAGUUCUCUAUGUAAUUCCUUCUUUAGAUUCCCACAUAAAGAAAUGUAUUAACUCCUCCAUUUUUUCCUCUAUGUUUACAAUUCCCUAUCUUCUCUGUUUUAUCACUCAAUAAUCCCACUCUUUCAUGGGUAGACCCUGUAACUUUGCUGGGUACCCACAUUCAAAUUUUAGGUCAUUUUUGUCUUUUGGUUGUGGUUUGCUAUGCUAUCGAGUUGCACGAGAAAAUUUUGAAGGUCUUUUUGCGUUUGUUUCUGAUGGAUUUUGCUUCAUUCUUGAAGCUUUCAACUCGAAGUAGUGAAUUGAAACAUGGGUUGUUGGUGCUUGGCUGUUUUUCGCAUGCUUUUAGUAUUUUUGGGUUGUUCCUGAUGUUUGGUCUGGCGUUAAAGUUGUUGCACUUUUUGUCGCAGGGUAAGGGUUUUAUUCAGUUUUUAUGUGAGAUUAUAGGGAAAUCAGGCGAUAAAAAAUAUGGGUUUUGUUCAAAAAAGGGUUUUGAUGAAGUAUGUGAUUCAAAGAUGAUGGAGGAUUCAAAGUCAAGAAAUAAGGACGAUUUGUUGGUAAGCAAAGAGCCUUUGGAACCAAAUGGUGUUGCUCUUGAUGACGAUGAUGAUUAUGGAAGAAAAUAUUGUAUUGAAGAUGAGGAAUUUGAUGUAAUUGCACUAAGGAGGUUGGCCAAAAUCGAGAGGCAUAGAGCAGACAUGGCUUAUGCAGAACUUGAGAAGGAGAGAAUGGCUUCUGCAUCCGCAGCUGAUGAAGCAAUGACUAUGAUUUUGCGGCUUCAAAGCGAGAAGAGUUCCUUACAAAUUGAAGCCAAUCAGCAACGUAGAUUGGCAGAGCAAAAGCAAGAAUAUUAUCAAGAAAUGAUUCAAUCAUUGCAAUUGACUUUAAUGAAACGUGAAUCUGAAAGGACUGUAAUAGAGGAAAAGUUGAGAUGGUGUGAACAAAAGUUGAAGCAGUAUAUGGAGAGUGAUGAAGUUGAUCAAUUUCAAGGGUCUAAUGAAAGUUUGAGUUUUGAUGUUGAUCCCACCAUGGAAGAUGGUUUUGAAUAUGUGCAAACAGAUUUGUUUGAAAAGGACUUCUCAGUUGUGUAAGUUCUUGAUUGUACCUGUUGGGUUUGAAGGAACAAAAACUAAGAAAGAGAGAUGUUUCUGCUGGAACUUAGAUUGAUUUUAUUUAGAUUGAUUUUAUGCC